GUAAAAAGCGUUAGAACCGGUGUUGUGUUUUAUUAUACAUUACAUUUAUAAACAAAUCUCUAUUUUCGAGCGAUUCUUUAAAGUGAACGGUAUUACAUUAUAAAGAUCAGCGUGAUGUCAUGCCAUACAUUUGCUGACUUUUGUGAAGAUGAACCGGAAGCGGAAGUGACUGUUGAGCUUCGACCUUUCAAGCAUCAGGUGGGAGGUCACUCUUGUGUGCUCGAGCUCGGCUCUGACGUUAUCUGCAAGCCACUCUUUCAGCAGGAACAAACGUUCUACAAACGCGCUCCUGAGUCGUUGAGAUGCUUUAUUCCGCGAUACUUGGGCGAAACAAGCAUCACGUGUGACAUCACCAAAAACCAGAAGUGCUUUGUUGCAAAGGUGUCACGCGAGCUCCUGUCACCAGGGGAGAUAACUGAGAGAUGUGCUUCCGGACUUCAGGAUUUCAUUGCCACCAGACGUCGGAAAAAGCAUAUCAGUUUUGAAAAUGAGGCUCCAACCCUCGCAGCCUGGAGUAACUCGUGCAUAGGGAGACAAAUCACCCAGUACGGGUUCUGGGCCAACAACAAACCGCAAAAAUUCAUCAUGCUUGAAAACCUUGUAAAAGACUACAAACGUCCCUGUCUGAUGGACCUGAAGAUGGGAAAACGGCAGUUACGGGCGGAUUUAGACGCAGAAAAACGGAAGGUGCUCGAGACUAGAUGCGCGAGCUCAACUUCCGCUAAACUGGGUUUCCGCAUUUGUGGAAGUCAGAGUUACAAGAAGACUUCGGAUUCCUACACUUUCAACCAGUACCACAGGCGUAGGCUGAACGAUACCGAAACAAUAGAGGAAUUGAAACUGUUCUUCCAUAACGGGGCGGAGUUGCGAACCGACAUCAUCUUGGCCCUGCUUACCAAACUUGCAGAGCUAGAAGGGGCUCUGUUGAAAGAAAAAUAUUUAGAUUUACAUUCUUCUUCGUUAUUGUUAAUUUACGAGGGUAUGACGGCAACUGAAAAGAAGCCUCGCAUUGAAAGCAGAAAAGAUGCCCAUGCGUCUGAUGCAUGUGAAAUGUCCCCAGGUAGAAAGCACGGAGAAAAUGUUAACCAAGUUGAUAAGACCGAGCGUUCAUGUAGUGACAGUGAGCUUUGUUCGCAAUUAGUCACCCUAUCUAAUCAGCAGGAACAUAACACAAGUCAAAGAUCCCAUAUCGAUUUUGAGCCGGAUUCACCGGAGUGCAAAGUCGAUGUCCGACUUAUAGACUUUGCGCAUGCCAGUGAGUCGUUACAGAAAUUUUGCGAGAACCCUAUUGUGUUGGGGUUAAAAAGCAUUCAAGUCAUUCUGCGCGACGUUUUUCAGUCAACAUAGUAAUACUAAAUGAGUUUUGUGUGGGCUUUUGACGAAUGCUAUUAAAACAGUUCAGUCGAUGCUUCCAAAAAGUGACACCAUAAUAAGUGAUGCCAUGUUUAUUAAUAUAUUACAUUUACUCUUUUUUAAAUAUAAGAUAUUUUAUUUCAAUGCUUAACCCAAUGCAAUUCGUCAUUAGUAGUGAAAGGAAUUUUAUUUGUUAAUAUCUUUAUUUUGGGUAUUUUGUUCUAUACAUUUUAACAAAGUCAUGUAUUUUUAUACCACUUAUGUAUUGCUCUGUUAUAUGCAGAUGCUUUGAUAAACAAUGUUUCACUUAUGAUUGAUAUUUCACUGGAAUGUCGAUUUGCAUGACAAUAUUUCUAGGACAUCAUUUUAUUUAUUUUUCUUGACAAAUGACAAGUUAAAAAGUUCGAUAGAAUGAUGAUAUACGAAAUACCAGAUUUCGACAAAGCGAUUUUACACUGUAAAAAAAAACAAAUCUUGCACUGUCCUAGAAAUGGGCAGCAAGUGGUAUAAAUGUUCAUCUCUGACCCAUGAGGUUAUUGGUCCAAACCCAGUCAGGAGAAAGUUCUCAUCGUCACACAAAAUUGACUCUAUCAGUUGUCCGCCUUUCUAAAAAAAUAAUACGAACUAUAAAUAACAAACUAAAGACAUUGAGGACCAUCAUGGCGUUCAAUAAACCAUUGUGAUUCAGUAUGAAUUAAAAGUGUUUCGAGCUUGACGCUGCAAGCGAUAGUCUCUUGGUAAUUAAAUGUGUAAAGAUGCCGUUUGGCCUUUGUAACAGUCAGGCCACUUGCCAAAGAUCCAUUGCGAUAAUAUUGAAUGAAGUUUAAUGUAGUGCGAUUUACCUGGAACUCCAGAUUUACAAAAGGUUAUUUAAGAAACACAAGCACAUAAUUUAAUUCAAUACUACAAUAAACGCAUCAAUUUUAAAAUAUAUAUUUGCUCCGUCCUUUUCUUAAUAUUAAGUUAAUACUAAAUGGGACAUAUACAUGUAGAUUUGAUAACA